AUGGAGCCGCCGGUCGCCGCCGUCGUACGGCACGCCGUCGUCUCCCGCGCCCUGGUCCUUGCCCUCUCCCUCCUCGCUCGCCUUCUCUUCCGCCCCUACGACACCUCGGCCUCCCUCCACCCGCCAUGCCUCUCCUCCCCAUCCUUUCCCUCUCCCGCCCCCUCUUAUAAUUCCACUGCCGCCGUCGCCAUUUCGUCCUUAGCAGUGUGGGACGGGGUCCACUUCGCCCGCUCCGCCGAGUGCGGCUACGAGUACGAGCAGUCGUUCGCCUUCCUCCCCCUCCUCCCCGCCUCCAUGGCUCUCCUCUCCCGAACCCUGUUCGCCCCGCUGGUGCCGGUGCUGGGGUACAGGGCCGUGCUCGUGCUCUCCGGGCAUGUUCUCAACAACGUGGCGUUCGUUGCCGCCGCGGCCUACUUCUACAGAUUGUCUGUACUGAUAUUAAAGGACUCAGGAGCAGCCUACCGAGCGUCUGUUCUCUUUUGCUUCAAUCCUGCUUCAGUGUUCUACUCAUCACUAUAUUCAGAAAGUCUUUAUGCGCUGUUUUCGCUUGGUGGGCUGUUCUACCUGUUUUCCGGUGCCAAUACCGUUGCAAUGAUAAUGCUCGCUGUCUCUGGUUCCGCUAGGUCAAAUGGAGCACUUAAUGCUGGUUAUUUCUGUUUUCAGGCUUUGCUACAAGCAUAUGAUGCUGCUAUACAGAAGAAAAGGCCUAUAUUGGCAGUGCAGGCCCUUAUCACUGGAUUUUUGCGCUCCACUUUUAUAUUUAUACCAUUCUUUGCUUUCCAAGCAUAUGGAUAUUUAAACAUAUGCAUACACGGGAACUCAGAUGAGUUGAGGCCAUGGUGCAAAGCAAAAUUGCCCCUUUUGUACAGUUUUAUUCAGAGCCACUACUGGGGAGUUGGUUUCUUGAGAUACUUUCAAGUGAAGCAGCUGCCCAACUUUCUUUUAGCUUCACCAGUACUGUCCCUUGCAGUUUAUUCUAUAGCUCAUUACACAAAAAUGCUUCACCAACUCUUCCAGUCAAAUAACAUACACGAGAAGAUUAUUGCUACUGUUGAGGGGAGGUCAGUUGAAUUAUGCGAAAGCUCAGAUGUUGCCACGGUGUUGAAGAGUGAAUUUUCUAGUGGACUAAAUAACAAAAGCCAAGCACACACUGAGGUUAAAAAGAGAAAAUCUGCUGCCUCCGAGGCUACUUCGGCAUCUUUAGAGAGCGACAGGUCAACCGGUCGAAUUCUGAAAGUUGAUAAGGACGAGUGCCCCAUACUAGUUCUUCCUUUCAUUUUACAUCUGACAUUCAUGACAUUUACUGCCUUCUUCGUGAUGCACGUCCAGGUGUCAACGCGAUUUCUGUCUGCUAGUCCCCCGAUCUACUGGGCUGCUUCGCGCAUUUUGGUUUCUCCAAGGGGCUCGUCCAAGAGAUGGGGAUACUUCAUCGUCGUUUACUUCAUUGCUUAUAUUCUUCUAGGCAGUUUGCUCUUCCCCAACUUCUACCCGUUCACAUGAGAACAGCUGCACAGUUACACGCAAACUGUAUGAAAAAAACUGAGUGUGGAGGUUUUCCUAGGUAGAGGGUUCAUGCACAAUUGAUGUAUCUUUUGUUCCCUACAAAUUUUCAGCUUAAAGAGAAAACCCGGGUUGAGCUUACUCGAAGGCCACUUAUCACAUAUAUACUUGAUUA